CCUUCUUGGUGACUUUGAUAGUGACUAGUUUUGCUGUUGCAAUCACAGGGCCACAUUACGGAUGUGCGUCCCAUAGAUCCCGGUUUUGCUAUUACCUCGAAUCCGGGGCGAUUUCUACAUGGUUCUCAAGAUAUAAACCGUCGAGUACCUUUAGCUGACCGACGGCAUAGGCGGGACCGUUCUUCAUAACGACAUCUUCUGGCCUAUUGGCCUGUUUGCAGUGUUUCUCUAUGCGUUUGAACCUUCCUGGUGCUGCAAAGCCUAUCCUUCUACAUCAUAUUGGUGUUCUCAUCCUAUGUCGCAUCCAGGCGGCACAAGCAACAAGAUCACAGAAACCUCUCUUCCAUGGCCCUACCCGCUUCCCAGUCACCCAGCACGAGACACAAGACAGCUAUCCGCCUGACCGGCGACCCAAUAACAAAGACACCCACCCAACUCCACCAUGGGAAUGAGCACGACACCCAUCUGUUAUCAAUUCGAGACGUCACCCCAUACACCAGCUACCAGACACGCAACUCCAAACCGAUAAGUUAUUGCCUUUUCAGAGAAAAAUGAGCAAGAAAUCCC